AUGCAGCGUUGUGUGUUGCGCCGCAUCAGCUUUUCGCUUCCGUCCGGCGACGAGCUUGAAGGCCAAAUCCUCCUAAACCGCUUUCGUAAGAGGUAUGGCGAUGUUAAAAGGCGUAGUUGGGUGCCCCACGCCAUCACCGCCAGUCGUCUGCAGGGCUGGAUCGUCGUGGGCGGUAUUCUGCUUGGUGCAGCUGUCUUCAUUGGCCCGUGGCUUGUGGACGAAUACCGUGAGAUGCUCGGUUACAAGUUUGUGCCGUUGCCACCGUCCGCCAUGCCGCACACAUCCCCGGUGUGGUGGGAGAACGAGUGGCGCAAAGGCAACCCGCUGUGGCGUGCUGGUGAGUCGGCAAGCACGUUUUACCGCGGCCCAUUUGACUUUGUGCGUGCUGUGACUGGGCGGGACAUGUACGACGGCAACACCUUUAAGCGCGGACGAGAUCGCAAACGGCGGCCUCGCGCUCUCGUGCCUCUCUGCGGGGAUUCACCAAUCGUGAAGGAACUCGCGGUGCGCGGGUUUGAGGUGGACGCCGUGGAUGCAUCCGAGACGGCGAUACGGGCAUGCGUAGAACGCACCGAACGUGCACUCGAAGUCGACGUGUACAAACGUAUUCACCUGCACUGGCGCGACAUAUUCGCUCCGGAGCUCUGGCAAGGCCCACUGCGGGACGUGAAGUUUGAUGUCAUCUACGAGCGACAGGCGAUGACAUCCCUGAAUCGCGAACAGCGUGAGGAUUACGCCUAUUUAAUGAGACAGGCCCUUGCAGAGGAUGGGGUGAUGUACGUUGAGGGCAUAUUCCGCACCGGCAGAGUACAUGGCAACACGGUACGUGGGCCGCCUUUUGCCUUGUCGCAACUGGAACUGAAGCGCCUAUUCCCUGAAACAGAGGGAUUUAUGGUACGCUGCGAAGAAACAAAUGACGCGAUUACGAAACUCAGUCGCGAGAACCGAAUUCUGCAGCGGAUACCGAAGGAGUUGUACGUUACACCGUUUCACUGCGCCGUGUUUCGCGCAAAAAGUGUGGAUGCAGCAGCAGCAGCAGCAGCAGCGGAAUCAGCAGCGACUCUCCCAUGA